AUGUCUAGUCCUUCUUCUAUAAUUAAAAUUCGUAUUCUUAAUCUUGAUGUUCUUUCAGAAGAUGCUGGGGAUUUUAAGCGUGCUGGUCUUUACGUUGUGGCACGCGUAGGCUCUACUGUCCAACGAACUGACGUUCUUGGCGAUAGUGAUGAUAUGACAUGGAACGAGUUAUUUGUAUUUCACCUCGACAACACACCGACUGCACUUAUUCCUUCCGCUCCUCAUCCUCAUCCUCAUCCUCAUUCUUCGCUGCCUACGCCUUCCUCACCACCAGGGCUUUCUCCUCAUAUUUCUGCGGUGACUCCUGCCCCAGUGAUAGAAAGUGGGCCUAUUUCAAGUUUUCCCCAGUAUUCCAGUGGACUGGGAGAACAUUUUACAACAGACUUACCUCAUCUACGGCAGCAGAAGCAGCAGCAACUCGAGAGUGAGAGCCAUUUGGGCUCACGUGGACUCCCAUGGAUGGUGCCACCGUACAGAAUUCCCACAGUUAUGUUGGAACUGUGGCGUAAUACCUUUAGUUCUGAUGACUGCCUCGCCAAAUAUCAGUUCUGUAUUCCACUUGAAGGGAAAGGUGAAGUUUUAGACCGUGUUGUUCGUUUAACUAGUGCAUCGUCAUACUCUGUGCAAUUUGCCUUGCGUGUGCGUGUGGGUCUUGUUCAGCAUAAUUCUUUUGCCAUGGGUUCCAACUCUAUAUUACCAAAUAGGCCGGUUCCCAUGGCAACACCUGUUUUUUGGAGACCAUAA